CGCUCCCCCCUCCCCGACACACGCUCACAGGCCGGGCAUUGAUGGUAAUGUAUGCGAGGAAACAGCAGAGGCUCAGUGAUGGCUGUCACGACCGGCGGGGGGACGCGCAGCCUUACCAGGCACUUAAGUAUUCAUCGAAGAGUCACCCCAGUAGUGGUGAUCACAGACAUGAAAAAAUGCGAGACGCCGCAGAUCCUUCACCACCAAACAAAAUGUUGCGGAGAUCUGAUAGUCCUGAAAACAAAUACAGUGACAGCACAGGUCACAGUAAGGCCAAAAAUGUGCAUAUUCACAGAGUUAGAGAGAGGGAUGGUGGGACCAGUUACUCUCCCCAAGAAAAUUCACACAACCACAGUGCUCUUCAUAGUUCAAAUUCACAUUCUUCUAAUCCAAGCAAUAAUCCAAGCAAAACUUCAGAUGCACCUUAUGAUUCUGCAGAUGACUGGUCUGAGCAUAUUAGCUCUUCUGGGAAAAAAUACUACUACAAUUGUCGAACAGAAGUUUCACAAUGGGAAAAACCAAAAGAGUGGCUUGAGAGAGAACAGAGACAAAAAGAAGCAAACAAGAUGGCAGUUAAUAGCUUCCCGAAAGAUAGAGAUUACAGAAGAGAGGUGAUGCAAGCAACAGCCACUAGUGGGUUUGCCAGCGGAAUGGAAGACAAGCAUUCCAGUGAUGCCAGUAGUUUGCUCCCACAGAAUAUUUUGUCUCAGACAAGCAGACACAAUGACAGAGACUACAGACUGCCAAGAGCAGAGACUCACAGUAGCUCUGCGCCAGUACAGCACCCCAUCAAACCAGUGGUGCAUCCAACUGCUGCCCCAAGCACUGUUCCUUCUAGUCCAUUUACGCUACAGUCUGAUCACCAGCCAAAGAAAUCAUUUGAUGCUAAUGGAGCAUCUACCUUAUCAAAACUGCCUACACCCACAUCUUCUGUCCCUGCUCAGAGAACAGAAAGAAAAGAAUCUACAUCAGGAGACAAGUCUGUAUCACACUCUUGCACAACUCCUUCCACAUCUUCAGCCUCUGGACUGAACCCCACGUCUGCACCUCCAGCAUCCGCUUCAGCAAUUCCUGUCUCUCCUGUUCCACAGUCACCAAUACCUCCAUUACUUCAGGACCCAAAUCUGCUUAGACAGUUGCUUCCUGCUUUGCAAGCCACGCUGCAACUUAAUAAUUCUAAUGUGGACAUAUCCAAAAUAAAUGAAGUUCUUACAGCAGCUGUGACACAAGCCUCAUUGCAGUCUAUAAUUCACAAGUUUCUUACUGCUGGACCAUCUGCUUUCAACAUAACUUCUCUGAUUUCUCAAGCUGCUCAGCUCUCCACACAAGCCCAACCAUCCAAUCAGUCUCCAAUGUCUUUAACGUCUGACGCAUCAUCCCCACGAUCGUAUGUGUCUCCAAGGAUAAGCACACCCCAGACAAACACAGUCCCCAUCAAACCUUUGAUCAGUACUCCUCCUGUUUCAUCACAGCCAAAGGUUAGUACUCCAGUAGUUAAGCAAGGACCAGUUUCACAGUCGGCCACACAGCAGCCUGUAACUGCUGACAAGCAGCAAGGUCAUGAACCUGUCUCUCCUCGAAGCCUUCAGCGCUCAAACAGCCAGAGAAGUCCGUCACCUGGUCCAAAUCACACGUCUAGUAGUAAUGCAUCAAAUACAGCAGUUGUACCACAGAACUCCUCUGCCCGACCUCCGUGUUCACUAACACCGACGCUUGCAGCACACUUCAAUGAAAAUCUCAUCAAGCACGUUCAAGGAUGGCCUGCAGAUCAUGCAGAGAAGCAGGCAUCAAGAUUGCGAGAAGAAGCCCAUAACAUGGGAAGCGUUCAUAUGUCAGAAAUUUGUACUGAAUUAAAAAAUUUAAGAUCUUUAGUCCGAGUAUGUGAAAUUCAAGCAACUUUGCGAGAGCAAAGGAUACUAUUUUUGAGACAACAAAUUAAGGAACUCGAAAAGCUAAAAAAUCAGAAUUCCUUCAUGGUGUGAAGAUGUGAAUAAUUGCACAUGGUGUUGAGAACAGGAACUGUAAAUCUGUUGCCCAGUCUUAACAUUUUUGAGCUGCAUUUAAGUAGACUUUGGACCGUUAAGCUGGGCAAAGGAAAUGACAAGGGGUCGGGGUCUGUGAGAUUCACUUCAGGGGAAAGAUACAAGAUUGAUUUGUAAAACCCUUGAAAUGUAGAUUUCUUGUAGAUGUAUUCUUCACGUUGUAAAUAUGUUUUGUAGAGUGAAGCCAUGGGAAGCCAUGUGUAACAGAGCUUAGACAUCCAAAACUAAUCAAUGCUGAGGUGGCUAAAUACCUAGCCUUUUACAUGUAAACCUGUCUGCAAAAUUAGCUUUUUUAAAGAAAAAUUUGGGGGGUUAAUUUAUCAUUCAGAAAUCUUGCAUUUUCAAAAAUUCAGUGCAAGCGCCAGGCGAUCUGUGUCUAAGGAUGCGAUUUUGAACCAUAUGGGCAGUGUACAAAAUAUCAUGAAACAACUGUUUCCACACUUGCACCUGAUCAAGAGCAGUGCUUCUCCAUUUGUUUUGCAGAGAAAUGUUUUUCAUUUCCCGUGUGUUCCAUUUCCCUUUGAAAUCCUUGAUCUGAUUUUAUUCAUUUUUUAAGGCUCCUCUUUUUCUCCUUUCUUAAGGCACUGUUGCUAUGGCACUUUUCUAUAACCUUUUCAUUCCUGUGUACAGUAGCUUAAAAUUGCAGUGAUUGAGCAUAACCCACUUGUUUGUAUAAAUUAUUGAAAUCCAUUUGCACCCUGUAAGAAUGGACUUAAAAGUACUGCUGGGCAUGUGUGCUGAAAGUACAUUGAUUGCUCAAAUAUGAGGAAAUGGCCCAAUGAACAUGGUUGUGGGAGGGAAGAGGAAACAAAGCUAGUCAGAUGUGAAUUGUAUCUGUUGUAAUAAACAUGUUAAAAGAAACAAAAAUUGUUAUUUUUCUUUACCUUCGGUCAGUGCAUAUUAGAAUUUGAACUACCUGGGGAUUCUUUAUCAAAACUAUUCUUGUUGAACAUUUAUACUUCAUUGAAAUAAUUCCUUAAGGAAGGUUUUGUUUAAAGCAUAUUAACAGGAAAAUGUGUAUAAGACUAUUUAAUGAAAUAAGAAAUUCAACAAGAACAAUUAAGUCACUUCCCAAGUGGUUGUCAUUUGUUAAAACCCUGGUUUACCUGUCUUGCUAUUAUGACAUUUCAUUUUGAAGGAUGUUUGUGUUGUAGCUAACUGUUCAAGUCUGGUGCUGACUGCUGUUCUUAGCCAUCACAAAACGCUAAAUUUGUGUAAUUGGAGCUUCCUGCUGUUACCUGGAGAUGGUGGGAAAGCUCAGCUUUGUAUAUUGUUUCCUAAAGUAUAUUAAAAUAAAAAAAGAAACUAUUGCUACUAUAAAAUUACCUUGGCUUUUUUUUUCUUUGCUAAAAUAUUGGUCUCGUGGCCUUAGCAUGACACUGCCAGUAUUAAAUCAGAUCACAAGGGUUUCUUUAUGCAGAAAAAUCUCCUAAUUCAAAAUCUUAUCCGAUUUAGAGACUUUUUUUCCUGUUGAGGCAGAUGCAUUCAUGUGCUUUCAGAACUGCCAGCACCAAGGGCUUAUUUUGUGAUGCUAGACAUUGUUGCUACAUUCUGGGA